CCUGAAAUAGAAAAAAGGUAAAGUUUUGUGGUCAAGAUGAAUUUCCCCCAAAUUUAUUACACACAUAAAAAACCAGUCCACCGAGAAUCUCUCCGCUUUCCACUCAUUUCGACAAAGUAGAGAGAGAAAUUAGUCGGUGUGCUUGAGAUCGGCGGCCAUGGCUUCUUCAACUGAACGUGAAAACUUCAUCUAUGUCGCCAAGCUUGCCGAGCAAGCCGAACGCUACGACGAAAUGGUGGAUGCUAUGAAGAAGGUAGCAAAGUUGGAUGUGGAACUGACUGUUGAAGAAAGGAACUUACUCUCAGUUGGGUACAAGAACGUUGUGGGGUCACGAAGGGCAUCAUGGAGAAUUUUGUCUUCAAUUGAACAAAAAGAGGAAUCAAGAGGCAAUGAAGUGAAUGUAAAACGGAUUAAGGAAUACAGACAAAAAGUUGAAACUGAGUUAUCUGACAUUUGUAGUGAUAUCAUGGUUGUGAUUGAUGAACAUCUCAUUCCAUCUUCUUCUGCUGGUGAAUCCACCGUUUUCUACUACAAAAUGAAAGGUGAUUAUUAUAGGUAUCUUGCAGAGUUCAAAUCUGGUAAUGAUAAGAAAGAAGCAGCUGAUCAAUCUUUGAAGGCUUAUCAAUUGGCUUCAACUACUUCAGAAGCUGAUUUAUCUCCAACUCAUCCUAUUCGAUUGGGUUUGGCUUUGAACUUUUCAGUGUUUUAUUAUGAGAUUAUGAACUCUCCUGAAAGGGCAUGCCACCUGGCGAAACAAGCUUUUGAUGAAGCUAUAUCAGAGCUUGAUUCCCUGAGUGAGGAAUCCUACAAAGACAGCACUUUAAUUAUGCAGCUUCUGAGAGACAAUCUCACUUUGUGGACUUCUGAUAUUCCUGAAGAUGGAGAUGACCAAAAAAUGGAAAUCACCAAAUCUGGUGCUGAAGAUGCUGAGUAAAUUCAUGGAUUGGUGAUGGGAUUAAGAAAAGAAAGUAUGAUGUAAUUUUAUUCUGUAAGCUUGAAUUUGAAGAAUUGUUUUUUUAUUUUAUUUUUAGGUUGUGUUUUUAAAUGGUUUUUGAGUCGUUUAUUCAUUUAGAUAUUUAUCUAUUAAGAUUGAUUGUUGUUUUAUCUUUAAUGGUUUAGUUUGUGUCUUCGAUGAUUUGCAAACUCUGGUAAAUUAAAUUAAAUUAUGAUGUCUGAUUAAUUAGGAAAUGGUUGAAUUAGUAUCAAAAGAUUGACAUGAACUUUAAUGAAAGACUCAUGUGAAUUUGGCUAAAUUAACUGGUAGUUAGUUGUUUUUAAUUUUGCUGAAGUGUUCUAAAAAAAGUUUAGCUUUUGAAUAUGUGAAAUUAGAUAAAAACCAAAAGGUAAAAGCUACAAAAAGUUAAAAAGAAAAAUGAUUCUUGAGGGUAAUUAAGUUUUAAGUUUGUAUUCAUUUGGUUCAUUUUUUUAUUUUUUAUUUUUUAUUUUUAUUUUUAUUUUUAUUCAAUAUACCAUCGAACUUGUUGUUUGCGUUCAC